AUGUCAGUCCGAUACAAUAUUUCUCCUUAUUUGCAAAACCGGAAAUACGAAGCCUUGUAUUCUGUUUCCUCUUCCGCUUCUGUUAAUGUGAACGGCCUAACCGAUUUUCCAUGGACAAGUAGAAUAGCGCUUAAAAUACAGUUCUUGUUGCCUUCUUCAUUUUUUUCUCCAGCACUCGAGUGUCAUCGACUUGAAUAUACGAAGGAAAUGAAAGUUAAAAUAAAAGUAAAAAAAAUGAAGUUUCCAGCUUAUCCUGUAAAUAAACAAAAGCCAUGGACAGAUUUAGCGUUAUUAUCUUUACUGACGACUGACGUCAUUCAGAAACAAGAUGAAAACCAAAUUAGAUUUUUGUCUUCAUUUACGAGGCUUCCGUUUUUCCAAUUCCUCAUCCUUUUACUCCUGCUUCUUCCACUGUGUUCUUCUACCCUUCAUACGCCUCUAUUUAUCUGCUGUUUUUCUUGUGCCUCCCUUUUCUUUUCUUUACUUGAUCACCUUUAUUCGACUCUGUUUCUUAUGUUUCAAUUAUUCCGUCUUCUCUUCGUCUUAUCUGUUCUGUUUCUUUAUAACCUCCUCCUCUUUAUUUAUUCCACAUUUUCUCUGUCGCUUUUGGUAUUUUCUCUUCCCAUUUCUAUUUCAUAUUUCCCUUCCUUCUCUUUAUCUUAUCGUAGUGUUUAUACUUUCUCCUUUCCUAUUUCGCUUCUUUCUCACUUCUUCUUCGCUUUUCUCCUUUUUCUGCUCUUACCCUUUCUUUCUUAUUUUUCUUCAUCUAUUUCCUUUCACGCUUUUCACCCUACUUCUUUGUUUUUAUCCAUUUUUGGCCUAUUUUGUUUUAUUUUUUCUUCAUCUUUUUUCUUUCUUAUUUCCGCUGCAUUUGGCUCAUUCUUCUUAUUUCUUUAUUUUACUGUCUUUUUCUUGCUUUUGCUUCGUUUUUCUCUUUCCCAUUUCCCUUGCUUUUCGCUCCUUCUUCUUCUUCUUCUUCUUCUUCUUCUUCUUUAUUUUAUCCUCAUUUCUUUUUCAUAUUUUUCUUGGUCUUUCUCCUUUCCUAGUUUAAUUCCUUUUCUCUCCUUCGUCUUCAUUUUUCUCCAUUUUACCAUCUUUUUCUUUCUUGUUUUUUCUUCGUCUUUCUCUCUUCCCAUUUCUUACUUUGUUCUUUUUCUUGUUUCUUGUUUUCUUUUCUACUUAGUUUUCUUAAUUCUUUCUUUUUUCUUUUCUUCCCUUUUCGUAUUUAUUCUUUCUCUUUUUAUUCGUUUACUUCUCAUUUCUGUACCUUCUUUUUUUUGUCGUUUUACUACUUAUCAUUUCUCGGUUUUCUCUUUUUCUUUCUUCUCUUUCCUUCUUACAAUUUCUUUGUCUUUUCUCUUUUUUUCUUCUUUCUUUUUAGUCGUCCUCUUUUCCUUUUCUUCUCUUUCUUUGCUCAUUUCCCUUUCUUAUUCUUUGCUUUUCUUUUUUCAUAUUUGCCUUCAUUCCCUCUUCAUUUUUUAUUCUCUUUUCCAGUUUCCUUUCAUUCUCUUCCUUUCUUAUCUUUUUUUUUUGUUUUCUUCCAUUCCCAUUUCUCUCCAUUCUCCACCUUUCUUUCACAUUUCCCAUUUCUUCUUCUUCUUCUUCUUCUUCUUCUUCUUCUUCUUUCUUUCUUUCUUUCUUUCACCUUCUUCUAUAGUGUCUUCUUCUAUAGUGUUAUUCCUCGUCUUGAUUUUUGCUAUCAUCAUUUAA